CGGGUUUAUUGAGCGGGACUUGUGGUCACGAUGGAGGGAACACUACAGCUGUGGAAAAGGGUGUGGGAAAAGAAGGAAGAGGAAGGUAUACAACUGGAUGGGUAAGAUCGGGGUUCAUAAGUAUGCAGCGAUCCCAGUUUUCACGAGCACGGAUAGGAAGGAUCUUGAAGCUGUGGAAUCAGCCUUGAUCCGAACUUGGUCGCCCGCUUUGAAUUCAAGACCCGGAGGAAAUGCAAGAUGCGGCAAAAAGAACAAGAAAAGACCGGGGAAGAAAGAACGGUAUCGGAAGCAGUCCAGCGAUGGAGAUGGUAAGAAGAAGGUAAGGCAUGUAGUACGUGGUAAGAUCAUUGAGAUCAAGUCGAGUGGCUCGAACUAUGACACAGUGAAGAUUGUCGAGUUUCUUCGAGGGAUGAGCAAGAAGAGGAGAAAGAAUAAGAAUAAGGAUGUGAAUAUCGAGAGUAUGGAUGGAGAUGUUUGGGCCGACGGAUGGAGAUUGAUGCGGAGAUUGUUUGGCGAGACGAGAGUGAAGUGGGAUUGGGGGACUAGACCUCUGAGAAAAUGCAAGAGUCUUUUUGAAGAUGGUGGCGUGAUUACUUUGCGCCGCAUCUCUGAAGCAUCUCCGAUGACCUUGAAACUAAGGGAUGAUAGAGUAGGAAUGUUCAAGUCUCCUUGGAAGAAGAAGAAGUUGUUAGGACUGGGUGUGGCCGAUCUGCUGAAGUAUUACGGAGCAGUUAAGGCUUUCACUACUAACCGGAGCAGGGCCAAGGCUAGGCUGAUGAUCUCGCAGGCGAUCAAGGAAGCGCAUGGCGUGAGUGUACGAAAGAGGGUAGUUGCGAGGAUUAGAUUCGAUGACAGGAUUAAGAAGAGCGAGGUGGCGAGGCUAGUAAGGAGAAAGGUUGAGGGUAUGCAGUUGGACAAGUCAAUGAAGGAGAUAGUAAGACAACGCGCACGGGUUGUGUGGACCAAGUGCCCCAAUGUGGGUAGCAUUCUACAUAAUCAUCGACGCUUUGCGUUGAGUGGUGCUUCCAGUUGUACUUGUGCUGGACUGGCCUAUCCUAAAAGAGAUGGGCACGUGCAUUUCCGCAUUGGGGAGUUGAACGGAAUUUCGCCGAUAGUAAAGAACGCGAAGAAUGUGCCUAAGCAACAAGAGGAAUCGAGAGAGAAGAGAUUGAUUGAGGAAGUGAUGGAAGCUUUCAGUCUUUGGGAGGAUGCCUAUGGAAGACCGUGUGGGAAGAUUGAAGUGACAAGGGAGGAAGCGAGGUCAUGCUUCUCCAGAUUGGAUGUUGAGGACGGGUCGGAAGGAGGCAUGGAAGAAGUGGUAAGAAUUAAGGACGAAUUGAAGGGGCUGGUCUUAGCGCCACUGGAUAGGAACCCCGGUGAUACGCUAGUACAGUGCCUUUUUUUGUACGCAAAAGGAAUGAACGAGACCUUCUUCAAGAAUGAAAGCUAUCGGAUCUGUAGGGAGGAAGAGAGAGUGGAACUCGAGAAAGCAAAGCUAGAGUACAAGAAGCGGGCACUGGACGUUCAUGGUGAAUGGAAUGAGAAAGGGAGAUUUGGCGACGCUUAGGCGCUUCCUAAGCACAAGGAUUCACGCCACUUGAAUCUGAGGGUCGUUUCGGACAUGAAGUCCAAACUGACAAGUAUUAACAAAAAGUUGAUGAAAAC